AUGCGCCAGCAAGCCCUGUGGCAACGGCUCAAAGUGAGAAUGGCGCGUGUCAUGAUGCGCCAUGCCGAUCAGCCGGAGAAGCUGAAGUCUCAACUCGAGGCGGCUUUGGUCAAGGCUGCCGGUCUGCAACUCCAAGGUAGGCAAUUCCGGCUUCGAGCAGAGCGAGCAGAGGCAGCGAAGGCAGUGGCUGAGGUUGAGCUGUCCCGUCUUCGCAAAGAGGUGCAACUUCUGCGCGAUCAAGCUAGGACGACCAGGGGCAAUGCAUGUUGGUGUCAACGUGCAGCUCCUCCAGCUUUGUCAAAGGAAUGGGAGCAGAUGCCCGACACUCUAACGUCGGCUAGGCUCUUGAAGCAGUGGUGGCAGGACAGGUGGAAAGCCGCGCUUUGGCCGCCUUUGAUUCGCUUAAGGAUCCCCGUUUCUUGGCGCGCAGCAGUUGGGCCUGGUGAAGAUGGCUUCAAGCCCCAGUGGGACGGGGACUACCUGGCGGCAAUGCUGAAGCAGGAGUCCACGGAUCCAGACACGAUUUUCGGCUCCGUGCCGCAUUGCGAUUUGCUGGAUAUCUUCCCCGAGGAGUUGUACGACGAAGUGGAGCCAAACGCAAAGCGACAGCGUUUGGAGCCCACCUGCCAACUCGAUCAGCUCUUUGUGCCAACGAGAGAGGUUCGGGCAUACAAGCAGAGGAUGGGACAAACUCGAAGCUGGCUCGACCUGGCCCCGCAAAAGCAGAGCUCGCUGGCGCAUGAGCUCCGCCAUCCGCGCUGUGUGCCCGCUGGCUGA